AUGCGGACGCAAUUGAUGACAGACUGUCGUUAUUUUGUGCUCAAACCUGCUAAUAGUCUGUUAGAAGACUGCAGACAUAUUGCUAUCUGGAUAAGUUUGAAUAGAAAAUUCGAUGCGGAAUUUCUCAUAGAAAUAGAUAGAUUCAGAGCUCCCUAUUCGGCUUAUUGUUUCUCUUUGGCCAAGAAUUUCGAUAAGGCCCUGCUAGCAGGCGAGGGCGGCAAUGAGCGAGGGUGGCAGCAGAAUGAGCCUCUUUGUUGGUCAUAUAUUGUGAGACUUCGCAUCGAACUAUACAAGCAUGAGGACGUGGACGUGUUUCUGUUCACUCGCAUCGUUGUAUGGAAGCGGUUCGUAUCCGAAAGGAAAAUUAUAAUCUAUUCUGCCAACGAGCAGCGUGGCUUGGCAAUGUUCAGCAAAGAGAAACGACAGAAGAGGAAAAAUCUUAUAUUGGGACAGUUUAGAGAGAUGAUUAAUACAAGAAAAUGGCACAGGAGAAGAAUUAAAGACUCCAUCUACAAAACAUUGACAUAGAUUUUUG